AGCCACUGAGGCAUGCACUGUACCGGCCCGCCAGCCUUCUUGGUUCAUGAUCAUGAACAAGUUACUUCCCCUUCUCUCACUUCGUCUACGCAAUGUCUCGACGGUUGCCGGUCGCAGCUGUUUGAAAAGAAGUGUAACAACGUCAUCCUCCCUCAAUGCUGAUGAAUUGCGGGAGGUCGAGGAUUUUGGGAUAUAUAAUGUCAUCUUACCUGAGGAACCAUUCGUGUGGGGCGUCUCCCACAUCACCCGGCGUCCAGUUCCAAACCAUAUUCUUCGACCGAAAUACGCGGCGCGGCAUGACCGCUCAAUGUCAUCCGAUACUGACCAUGAAGAGCAGUACGAUGGAGACGGAAGAAUAAGACUGGGUAGCGUAGAAGAGAAGCGCGUGCGAGCGGCUGCGACGCUUGCUAGGAAUGUGCGCCAGUAUGCUGGAUCGCUCGUGCAGCCGGGUGUAACCACCAAUUCGAUAGACGCUGCAAUACACAACUUUAUAAUUGCGCAUGAAGCAUAUCCUUCACCACUACUAUACAAGGGUUUUCCCCGUUCGUGUUGCACCAGCGUUAAUAAUGUUGUUUCGCAUGGCAUACCAGACGAUCGACCUCUCCAGGACGGAGAUAUUAUCAACAUUGAUGUUACAAUCUACCUGAACGGCUAUCACGGCGAUACUUCUGCUAUGUUCCUUGUCGGAGACGUUGAUGAACCCGGCCGAGACCUCCUGGUAUCGACGCUUGCGGACCUGGUCAGACCGUUUAAUGCCAUUGGCAGGGCUAUAUACGAAACCAUCCGAAAUACCCGUCAUUCUGUCUGUCCUGCCUUCGCCGGUCACGGCAUAGGGACCGUUUUCCACCGGCCCCCUUGGAUAUACCACACUCUAAAUGAAGAACCUGGCGUAAUGCUUCCUGGACACUGCUUUACCAUUGAGCCUUCUCUCGUUCAAGGUUCUGAUCCUAGCGUCUGGAUUUUCCCAGACGGUUGGACUGCAUCGACGGAGAAUUGUGCACGGAGCGCUCAAGCAGAGCACAUGAUUCUCAUCACCGAUACUGGUAUAGAUAUUUUGACGCAGUAAUUGGUCUAUUCACCACGAACGUGAUACAUAUAA